UUCCAAGUGAUACGUCGAAUAAAAUCCCACCGACACUCCUCCAAACACCCAAAACCUUAAACCGACACCACAUAUCUCUCCACCUUAACUUCCCCUCCUCUAUCUGGCAUGUCAUUUACACUUAUCUCUCUUGUCCACUGCUAUUACUGGCUGUUUCAUCUCUGCUUUCCUGGUAAAUGGAUUGCUGAAAAUCUGUGAAUUGAAGAUGUUGUUGAAGCAAUCAUCAAGUAGGAAUUUGAGGGCAAAAGGCUUCAAAUUGAAGCAUGGGUUUCAGAUAUGUGUGAUUCUUGCCCUCUGUAUAUGGCUGCUUUAUCAGGUCAACAAAUCUUACAGCAAGAAGGGUGCAAUUGAGGGAAGUGGCAGUGAGGUAUCAGGGCAGGGAGGAGAAAACAGGCUUCAGAUUCUCAAGUUAGGGAGGAAGGGCCUGAACCCGGAGAUUGAGGAGGAGGAGGAGAAGGCCGGAGAUGAUGAGGCGGAGUUGGAUGAUGAGGAGAAGAAGGUCCGGGACGAGUUGGAGGAUGAAGAGAGGAAGCUGAGGGAGAAUGAAGGAGAUGAUGAGACAGAUGGAGGGGAGCUAGACAAGGCAGAAGAGCAAUUGGAGGAUUUGAUAGGGGAAGAGGAUAAAGAAGAAUAGGAAAAGUUUUAGCCCGCUCGGGUAGCUCAGUUUGUUCCUGAGUGACAAAUUGCGGGCGAGAAUAGGAAAAUUUUAAGUUUAGGAGGAGGAAAACCAAGUGUAUUAUUCAAUCUGUAAUCUCUGAUUACAUAGGAUUUAGCAAACUGCAUUCUAUGUAAUCACUCUGCAGUCUGCACCAUAAAAAUGUUCUUUUGAGACACAAAAAACAUCUUCAUUUGAGCUGA